AUGUCCUUGAGCAGCCAUUUAACAGGCACCAAAGAAAACCAGUUUCUGCCGCAUGUGGACGAGGCUCUGAGUGGAGCCCUGGAGGCUGACGAUCUCUGUGCCGUGGCCGCGUGUGUCCUGCCACUCCCCCCCACCUCACUGCUGGGCUGCUUGGCAGGUGUGAUGCCAGCCCAGGGCGGGAUCCUGAACCUGAACAAGAUGAUCAAGCAAGUGACCGGCAAGAUACCCCUCUUCUCCUACUGGCCCUACGGCUGUUACUGCGGACUUGGUGGCAGAGGCCAGCCCAAAGAUGCCACGGACUGGUGCUGCAAGGUCCACGACUGCUGCUACGCCCACCUGAGGUUCCACAGAUGCGCCCUCCACAUGGACCACUACAGAUACAACUUCUCCCACGGGGUCGUCCAGUGCUCCGACAAGGGGACCUGGUGUGAGCAGAAGCUGUGUGCCUGUGACAAGGAGGUGGCUUUCUGCCUGAAGCGCAACCUGGACACCUACAACAAGCACCUGCGUUUCUACUGGCGGCCCCACUGCAAUGGCCCGACCCCGAAUUGCUAGGAGAAGCCCACGCCCGCUACCCCGUCCCUCAGCACCCUGAGCUCUGGAAGUCCCGCAGGAUCGCAGACAUCCCUGUCCCACCAUCUAACUUGAAACAGCCUGGCUUUUAAACCACUCCCGGGGGCAGGAGGUCCCAGCACCCCCCACAAGCCUCCUGACCUUCUGGGUCCUCCCAACCAAGGCGGCAGCCAAGUCCUCUGAGGGUGCAUCCGGAUCUCGGGAGAAGCCAAGGACGAGAGUCCCCAGGGAUGGCGUUCGAUCCAAAGCCGCAGGGGUGGAGGCAGGGGUCUGGGGCAGCUGUGGCAGGUUCUGUGGUAUGGGCCUGGCUCCCUGCCACUGUCCCCCACCUGCUGGCCCCCCAGCCCCAUCUCACCCACUCUAAUACACCCUCCAACUGCAACCUGAGUGGCCUCUCUAAAGGACAACUUUUACCUUUCCGUCCACGUGACUCUCUCUCUUAAAACUCCAAGGCCUUCCCCUGCCCUAGGAUAAAGCCUCUCUUAGGCGUUCGGACCCUACAUAGUCUGGCGCUGUGUCCCUCUCCCCAACUAGGCUCUGAGGUCCCUGCAGGUGGAGCCCACAGCUGUCCUGGACGCAGAACCGACAAGGGGCUCCGGGCACUGGGGCCUGGAGUACUGUCUCCUGCCCCUGGGCAUUUGCCCAGGAGGGGCCUCCUGCAGAACCACUCCUGCCACCCUUCCCAGCUCCUCAGGGUCAAAGGCUGCUUCCUAGGAGUGUCCCGAGGCUGACUCCUCUGCCCCUGCUGCCAGGGCUCACUCCCUCCCCUGGGCUCCCAUAGCCCAUCAGGGCUCUACUGUUUAGCUUUACCUUGAGUGGUACAUGGGACUUCUCUGAUGUCCCACAACUAUCCUGGAGCUCCCGGAGGAUGGAGACCACGUCUACCCCAUCCUUGUGUCCUCUGCUGUCGCACACAGUAGGUGCUCAAUUAAUGCUUGUGGACCAAAUAUGCCCAUAAUGGAUAGAUAGAGGUUGUGGCAGAUAUUGUUGAUGCCCCAUCCAGAUCCCCUCCAGGCCUGGGCGCCCUGCCCCCAGAGAAGCUGGGUGUUGGCUGCUAAGUGCCCCAAUCUGCCUCCUUCUCCUAAGGGUCGCCCUGGUCUAUUGGGAACUGCCUUGUCUCCACCCCACACCCCAACCCACCGGGGGGCCACCUGUAACCAAUGACCAGGAGAGUAGACCACCAUGGA